UACCCUACCUUACUACUCUCUUAGCUGGUUCGGUAAAGCCACGAGUCGGGAUUUACGGUGUCCAACUCUACUACUUCUUACAGUUGCGUCCAAGACUUUGGUGAUGCCGAUACUAUACGGGAACUAUUUGUUAUUGAAGAACUAUUUUAAUAAUCAUUUUUGACAACAAUUUUUUAACAUUCUAAAUAACAAUUUAAAAUAAAAAAUUAAUGAAUUUUAAAUUCAUUUACCUGUGAAGUGAUUUGUUUCUUUUUUUAUAACCGGAAUUCAAUUAAAUACAGUGACUAAAAAAAAUUGUGUUUAACACCAUGAAGACAUUGAGAUAUUAUAAGUGACUGGCAACCUGAAGACUGAACAUUAAAAAUGCGUCCAUCAUUGAAGCUGUUGCUGCUGUUGGCGAACUUAUUGAGCAUUACAGUGGCAACUUCCCUUUGUCCAUGGGCAUCACACAUAACAGAACUAGAGAGUUCAUGUAUCUGUGAUUAUAAUCUUGCACGUGAACUAUCUGUUCAAUGUGACCUCGUAGAUUUUAGUCAACUGUUAUCAGCAAUAAAGCGUUAUGCUGCUAGAACAACCAUAGAUUUAUUCUACGUCAACAACAGUACGAUUGGAGUACUAAAAAAUGGCUCUUUUUCUAUGAUUCGUAUCAACAACAUGCAGUUGUCAGGAUGUAAAAUUACGUCGAUCGAAGAAAAUGUCUUUAGAGGUCAAGAGCUUUCUCUUAGAUCUCUCAAUUUAAAAGAUAACGAAUUAACUGAUGUUCCAACUGUACCUUUAAGGUAUUUAAGAAACCUUACAGUUCUCGAUUUAUCUAUGAACAAAUUAACCAAGAUUGAAGACAAUUCUUUCCGGAAUCUCAAACUUGUGACUCUCAAACUUGCUGAUAAUGAGAUUACAUUGAGUCCAGCAGCAUUUCGAGGCUUGGAAAAGACUUUGAAAAACCUGAAUCUAAAAGGAACAAAGCAGAAGAAAAUUCCAGAGGCUUUGAGAGGUUUAAAAACAUUGGCAUUCCUUGAUCUGUCUUUGAACAGUAUCAAAGAACUGCCCGGACCGGCAGGGCAAAAAGCUUUUGAAGGACUUGAUUCAUUGACAGGUUUAAAUCUGGAGAGGAAUUUAAUUCAAAGUAUAGGACCCGAUGCUUUUUAUGGCAUAAAGAAAACUUUGAGUUCAUUAAGUUUAUUGAACAAUUUAAUUCCUGAUUUCCCUACGGCUGCUAUAAAUAGUGUCCGUGAAUUACGAGUCUUGGAUAUUGGAUUCAAUCUAAUAACUGAGUUGCCACUGAAUGCCUUUCAAAACAAUCCUUCAGUCACUCUUCUUGCCAUUGAUGGAAAUCCUCUAUCUACCGUUCCAGAGGAAGCCUUAGCAAGUUUGAAUGGCACCCUCAGGGGUCUAAGUCUCGGUGGACGUUUCCUAGUUUGUGAUUGUAAACUUAGAUGGGUUGCCAAUUGGAUACGGACGAAAGAUUUGCAAGUAACAAGUCGCGAACGUAAACCGCAGUUCUGUGGUAGCCCAUUACGAUUGCAAGAAAGGAACUUUUAUAAUAUUGACCCUGAAGAAUUAAUGUGCGAGAGGCCAUCGGAGAUCAUUGGAAUCGGUACGGUGGAAAGCGUAGAUACAAAAGAACCAACUGGUCCAGUUAGUGGAGUUGUAGAUGAAUUACUGCCCACUACUCGUGUACCAUCAACUACUCUACCAUCAUUUCCUUCUACUUCAAUAACAACUCAGCAAACCACUCGAGUGAGUCCCAACAUCACUUCCUCGACAGUUACAACAACUAUAAGUACAACCACUGAAUUAAAGACAACUGAAGUAGCCACUACCUUAUCCACUGUACCAUCAACAACCACUCGACCCACUGCUCGGACUGGUAAUGUUGUUAUAGUUAGGACAACUGUACCACCACCACCACCACCACCUCCAAGAAUGUCACAUACUCCUGAACAUGGAACUCUUCAACAACAUCAACCACGGCCUCCAUUAGUCCUCGGAUCUCCAUUGUAUAAAUCAAAAAAUAUCGAGAAGGAUAUCAUCGUUAAAGAUGCCUUGAGACAAGACAAUUCCGUGAUCAUUUACUGGGAUACUGAAGCUUCUAAUAUUCUCGGAUUCCGAGUUGUUUAUAGACUCUUCGGAGAUGCUAGUUUCAAGCAAGCUCCACCUCUAGAGGCCAGUGAACGCGAGUUCAAAAUAAAAAAUGUUCCAUCUCAAGAAUGCAUCGUGGUUUGUGUGGUUUCUCUAGAGGAAACUAAUAUCACGCCAGCCAAUGUGCCUUACAGUCAAUGCAGAGAGGUACGCACUGAGAAUUCACCUACGUCAAACAUGGAUAAAAUCACGAUAGCCGCAAGUGCUGCUAUUUGUGCGACAAUUGUGGUUGCAGUCAUCAUUUUUGUGGUUGCCAAUCGUCGAAGAGCACGCAAGCUUCAUACUUUGCAUAGCAUUGAUCAGACUAAAAUGGGAGGUCCAAUAGCUGGACUUCCAGUUAAUUGUUGUUCAAACGUCGGACCUACUCCAAGUCCAGCAGGUCCAUUAGCCUCCAUGGCUACUUUAAGUGCUUAUAAUACUCAAAAAGAGUGGGAUCAAGUAUCUGCUUAUAGUAACAGAAGCAUUCCUAGACCAAGGAUAUUUCCAAUAGAUCGUCAAGGCUCAAUGACAAGAGCAUCAUGCAUGGAUGAAGUUAGAUCUCAAGCCAGUCAUUAUGGUGGAAAAAUAUCAUCUCGUUCAAUUGCUGAUGGACAAUCACAACAUAGCUUUUCUAAUAACUCAUCUCGCUAUUUUGCCAACAACGUGCUAGCGAAUAAUCUCAGUAACACUCGACCAGAGUUACGACAGUCGCGACAAUCUCUGGCCGCUGCUUCGGAUCGAAUGUCACGUAAUGGAUUCCCGGGAAACAAUUUACCACCACAUGCUUCGGCACGCCGUCAACGGCCUCGAUCAAGAAACCGUACAAUGGAACAAAAUCCACCUCGCCCUGGAAGUCGUUACAGCCUAGCAGACUCUACUCACACUCUCAAUAAUUAUGAUGAAAGUAAUUGGACUGAUCAUGAUAUGGACAUAUAUAUGGCACGUAAUCCAACUACAAGAAGUGGUCUUGUGCCUCUCUAAAAUUAUUUGUCCUGAUAAAUUGAUAAUGUGUGUAUUGCUCAAGUGUUUGAUUUCAAUUGACAUCAAGAUGAAGUCUUAGUUAGGAUUAAAUUAAUUGUAUUAAAAGACACUAAACUUCCUAGACAGUCAAAUUAUUUAGUGGUAUUAUUAUUUUAUAUCGCUGUUUUAAGAAGAUAUAAGAUGACUCUAGAUAAUCAUUAGUAUAUUACCUUUAAUGUUAAAGAAUCUAGGAGUUUUUAUGAAAAAAAAACGCCAGAUUUCACGCGCGAAAUGUACUUAUAAAAUAUUUAAGAUUAUUUUGUAAUAGUUAUAAAAUACUAUUUUUCAUCCCCAAACCAUAUCCUUAAUAGAUUUUUACAACAGAGAAUGAAUUGAAAAAAGUUAGAGACUAUUGUAACAUUUGUUUGUCCAAAGACUGUAACAUGACCGCGAGCAUUAAUGACAUAAUGACAAUUAUAAAAAUUUUUCAUAUUUUUGGUCACUACUUUAAUGAUAACUAAUUAUAUGUGAAUAGUUUUUCGUAAAUAAAUAUACCGAAGAAAUAAUUAUCGUUAAUAAUAAAAUUUUAUAUCAAAUAUGUAAUGUAAUUUAGAAUGUAAUGCUAAUAUUUGUACAUGAAUUAUUUUAUAGAAAUGAUCUUAUUGUAC